CAAAUGCAAAAAAGUUAAAAAGGCGCACAGCUACUCCGUCGCUUCUCACAUUACCUGUUACUAUUUUGCCUGGCUGACAACCGACCUCGAUUUUGCUUGGAACGAAGGACAACCGCUUUGGCACUGCCUUGUUUAGCGUUAUUUGGAUAAAAUUUUCCACCAUGGCCGGCCCCAUCCCCCUUGUGAAGAAGACAAUAGUAAAGAAGCGAACUAAGAAGUUCGCUCGGCAUCAGUCCGAUCAAUUCUGGCGAAUUGGCCGAUCCUCAUGGCGAAAGCCCAAGGGUAUUGAUGGACGUGUGCGUCGUCGUUUCAAGGGAGCCAUCCCCAUGCCCAGUGUUGGUUACGGAUCCGACAAGACAACCCGCAACGUCCACCCCAACGGAUUCAAGACAGUGGUUGUCAGCAAUGUUGGAGAACUCGAGAUGCUCAUGAUGCACAACCGUACUUAUGCUGCUACCGUUUCGAAGUCUGUUUCCUCCAAGAAGCGAAGGGAAAUCAUCACACGUGCAGAGCAGCUUUCAAUCCGCGUGACAAACGGAAAUGCCAAAUUGCGUGCGGAGGAAGAUGCUUAGAAUACCAAUAUAUCAAGAUUUAUUUAGCAGCAACGGUUGUGAUAAUCCAGCAUGAUGGUUGGAGUCUCAGUAUCUGUGCCACUCAAAAUUAGUUCAAUAAUACUACUAGCCUUGGUUGCAGUAUUUU